UUCAAUUGCAGCGUUGUCCACUUCAGUACAGAGUUAACAAAUCACCUGAAAAUUUUAAAAACUAUGCGGUCAGCAAUUCUCCUAUCAAAUCAGGAUGCUCUCUAUGCUGGGAUAUCACAUCAGCUUCAGUGUGUCGUAGAGAUAAUAUGACGAUAUGCCUCAGUCCAAGUAGUGAGCCGUGCAUAUUGUGCAGCGACCAGCCAGAAGGCAACUGCUGGCUGUGCUCAGGAACCGAUGGCUGUUACACCAGUGCGGGUUGGCAGUGUACUCCAUGCGAGACAGGGUCGAAAAGUGAAGAAGGCACCCCAUAUACCUGGUUGAAAAAAGGAGUUGCAGCCUUCUUGUUCCUGGCCGGCUUCCUUGUCUCGGUGGCGACUUUAAUUGUAGUACUGUGGAAACGUCAUGGAUCAAUGUCACAACUGAGGGCAAGUAGAUUGUUAGGCGACGUCUUGCAUACUGAAGUUGCCCUGCUAGAAACGAACGGCGACUGCCCACAUCCUCAUCAAACACACGACAACCAGUCAAACGUACUGUCGUCGGGAACAUGCAACUGUGACCAAGCGAGACUCACUGUUACCUUAUGUUCUAAGGGUUGGCAGAUUCGAGCCGACAUUGGAAAUGAAAAUAAAAUCGGUGCUUGUGGCCGACGAGGUGAAGGUGUUUUGUCAGAAUGUCAAUGUGUUCAAGGUUGUGGAGUUCAAGGCGUGCAUGAGAGACAGACAGAUGAGGAUGGCAGACCUAGUGUGGGGACACCUGUUGGUGAAAUGGCAACGACAGAAACCGAAACUCAUUUCAGUGAUAGACACAACUCAACUGCAGGAGAAAUUGUUUUGCCCCUACUUCUGCCGACUUCAAAAUCCAACAAGGGUACCUUUAAUGUUUCGCUUGUAGCAACUACUGACAACGUGAUCAUUAAAGAGAAUGGCUUUUCCCGGUCUAGCCAUGGUUUCAAAGAGGUACAAUCUGAACCAAUAGAUGGCCCUGUACUUGAGCGUAUAUUCUUUACAUCAGGCUUGUGACAAUCAGAAGCAAAGCUGGGGCGAAUGUCACUUGUACAAAGUAAUGAGGAACAGACUACGGUUCCUGGCGGACUACCGUUCCUGCCACACCGGCGGCACUCUAGCUUCGGAAACAGAACGCGCCAUUUAUUGGAUUUAAGGUACUUCGACAACUGCAGGAAAAUGAUACGAAUUUAUGUAUCAGAAAUCAGAUUAUUCUUGGUUAUUGAAUCAAUAUAAGAAGUUUUCCAUCCUACCUAUGCGAUGCGCGCCACCAGUCACCCUUAAAUUACUAAAACUGAGCAGUCGAUCGGUGGCAGUUGGGCAAUUGGCAAUAAACAAACUGCACAUAUGCGUGUUCCUUAUGCGUGAGGACUUCUGUGGUGUAAAGAAACUUGAUUUAGUUGGCAAAGUUAAAAAAAUAUGGAAGCGUAUCGAUUAUUUAUUGUAUAUGUAAAUUAUAUUGUUUUUUAACUGAAAUAUCUAGUCGUUUUCGUUUUGCAUCUAUCAAAAUAAACGCGUUUUCCUGCAAAUAAUAAAACGAUCGAAAUGUUAGAACAGAUCAGAUAAUACAAAAUGCGAGGAAGAUGUAGC